GGGCACCACUGGGUUUUGCUAGGGCUUUGCUUCGUCCUAGAUGGACCUUGCGCUUCCAAUACACUCUAUCCAGCGUCUUCCUCCUCCAAGGACUAGUUUUGAUUUUUCUAAGCUCUUACAGAGGAGGCCUGUUGUUAGUUUUUCCAAGGCAUCUGAUAGUCGAGUUUUGCGAAAUUCAGUAUCGACGUCGGCUGCUGCUCAGGACGAUGUCGCUGAUGAUUUGCUUGGAGAGUGGGAUCCCAGCUACAAUGAGAAUCAGCCUUGGGACUACAAAUCGUACCAAGCUUUGCUUCACGGAGGGGAAGAAGUCGUAAGCAUUUUGGAGUCCAUGAUAGAAGUGUUGGACGAUGUUACUAGCCUGGACAAAGAAUCCGAGGACACGGCCAUUCAGAUGGCAGCACUGGCGUGCAUCGGCCAAAGACUGGAGCAUCUCGAUGGCAGCUUCAUGAUGGCGUUGGACUUGAUGAUCGCUCAAGCCAGCAAAGACAAAGAUGACAAGAAAAAACAGCUUUUGGAUGUCAUCAAAGAGACGACGUUGGCUCAACUCACAGAAAAGGCAUCGCCGGUGCUACAAAUCGUGAGCAUGCUUAGCCACACUCCCGACAAAGAGCAUCGACGUCAAAUCUUACGUUCUGCUGCUGGCGGUGGAGGCAUUCACUCUGCUUCCGGUGGAGGCACGGUGACCAUCCCUGAAGGAAAUCUUCUCCACAUUGCCAAUCAAGCCAACGACCUCAUCAACGACAUGGAGGAGAAACCGAAAGUGAAUGACCGAAAGCUACUGGCAAAGCUCAUUCUCAUCAGAGAAGAAGCACACGAUAUGCUCGGCGGAGGUAUUCUCGACGAGCGAAACAAGCCGGGACUUAAAAGCUUGCCCGCACCCGAGGUAAACUUCAUCUCGAAGUUGGUCGCAGUAAGACCAGGGCCUCUUCUACGCGAGAAGCUCGAGAAUGUAAUGCGGGGGAGGGACGAAGGCGCGGACGUUGAAAUGGAGGAGUCACAAGAAGGCGAUGAGAAAAACGUUAAAGUGAAGAAAAUGAAGAUGGUGCUUCCCGUCCGGCCUGGAAUGUUUCUCGAGACUGUGACAAAGUUGCUCGGUGGCAUGUAUAAUAACAAAACCGCUGCUGGAAUCACAGUCCAGCACCUCGACUGGACUUACAGGACAACUCUAGAAAUCCUCCAAGAAAUCGCUCACGGGAAGCACAGCGUCAAAAAAGAAACAAACGCUGACAAUACAAAGGACUUCAAAACCUCUAGUUCGUAGGCAUGUUUCCAAAAACAUAUUUUUAAUGAAACUCUGUACAUUACUUCU